AUACAUACAUACUUCCAUCUUUAUAUGUAAUAUUCUUGAACCUGUAAACAUCAUAAAAUCUAACGUUACCAAGUCACGCUAUUGUACCGUUUGUAGCUUUCUAUAAAAGACGAAUUUGCAAAUAAAUAAGUGCCAUUAUAUUCCCGCUGGUCGGUGUGUACAAACAUAAUCGGUUUUCAGUUGCUUUUAUCGUACAUAUUUUUGGUGCCUCCUGUGAGGACUGAAAGCGCGGUUUUUUAUUGCCAAAGUUUCGUAUAAUCUACGCUGUAAAAUAAAACUAGUUUACCUUCGCGAUUCUAACCGCGGAACUAUGGCUGCAAUGAAUAUUAGAAGAGCGGCGAGGAGUUCUAUACUACGCAUCAGGGCGGAGGUGGAAACCGAAGGUUAUACCGCGGAUGAGGUGCACGUGGAGCACACCAUGGACAAUCAUAUCGCGCUAGUGGCCGGAGCCACUGACGAAGAAUUGGACGCUCAUGAGGAGCUACUAGCGCAAGUGGAGGUGGCUUAUGGUAGUGCUGUCACCAAAUUGCAACGCAUGCGUGCUGGCUCAAAUGCCACUGCGCACUCUGGAGGCUACGACCUACUAUGGGCGGAAUUGAAGAGGAGGUACGACAAUCCCAGGCGUUUGGUUGAGUCACAUGUGAAUCGGUUGUUGGACUUGCCUGAACAACCAGCACUUACGCAACGCAAUGUUCGUAAUGUAAUCGAUGUAGUACGCAGUACCUUACGUGCACUUAACGUGAUGGGCUUGGCCACCGACCAUUGGGACGCCAUCGUUUAUCCUAUUGUUCUCCGUAAAUUGCCAACAUCGGCGGUCGCGCACCGUUCGGAGUCAUUCAGACACUCUGUCGCAGCUGCAGAAAAUGCUUGAGCAGAUUGAGACCUAUGCUGGCACUUCAAGGAGCAGCUCUACCGUACCGCCGAGGCACUCGGCAACAUUUCGUACCGCACAGUCACAUAUGGUGGUGCCCAAAUCUUCAAGCGCCAACAUGAGAUCAGCAAUGACCUGCCCACGAUGCGCCGAGCCACAUCGUAUAUCAAGAUGCCCUCAAUUUCGAGCAUUAAGUCUGGAUCAACGUUUGCACUGGGUACGCCAAGCAACGUUAUGCUUCAACUGCUUGGGACCAGGUCACUCGGCCCGUGAGUGUAACUCGGGGAAUUGCAACAACUGUAAGCAGAAACACAACACCUUGCUUUGUAAGGCAGCUCCGCAAGGCGAGCGGUUACCUACAAACACCAGCUCAGUAGCGCGACCAGUGUCCGUACUCGAGCAACAAUCGCCAUCAACCAGCGCUACUGCGCCUCAGGUCCUGCCCCGUCUGGAUGCUGUCCAGUCUCUCCUGGCGCAAUCCGAAGGAAUCGUCCUACCAGCCACUGCCAAGGCGCCCAUCGUAAAUGGGUGUGGAGAGGAAGUAUCGUGUCGUCUCUUGUGUGACAUGGGUUCACAGGUAAGCUUCAUUACGGAGCCAUUUUUUAAGCGUUUGAAUCUCCACAGAAGGCGUUACACAUUGACGGUAGAAGGUAUUGGUUCGCAGAGGGCAACUUCUUCGCGCGGACAGACGACUCUGGUGAUGCGAUCAUAUCACGAUGCAGAAUUUGAGUGCCGUUUUGAUGCGCACAUUUUGCCUAGUAUAACUUCGACGAUUCCCGCAUCUCCAAUUGACACGAGCGGGUACAAACAC